UUAUAACUUUUAAAAGUACAAUCCAGUUAAAAAACAGAGACGACUCAUUGUGACCAAAACUCAAAAUCAAAUCACGGAGCCACCACCACCACCACACCAUAGAGAAUUCUUCUUACAAAGAAAUGGAACCAACAGCCGCGUCUGGAAACGGCCGAGACGCAGUUGUGGUGAAAGGCUACAGUUUCGACGAUUCAGCCGCAGAUCAGACAAACGAUCACCAGAUGAAGAUAAAGAAAAGCAAAAGCGCUUCAAACGCGGGGUCAAGAAGCUGGAGUUUCAGCGAUCCAGAGACUCGGAGGAAGAGAAGAGUCGCUGGCUAUAAGGUUUACUCCGUUGAGCAGAAGAUGAAGGGAUCCAUUAGAAAGAGCUUCAAAUGGUUCAAAGACGUUAUCGGUAUUUCUUGAAACUAUUAUCCUCUCCUACACUUUAUAUGUAAAACUCAAAAUCAAUGAAUCUCUUCUUGCUGAGUGUGUUAAAUAUCUCUUGUAGUUGAUCAUAUCAUGAUAUAUAGUCUUUGAAUGAGACAGAUGAUGAAUGAAUUUUCUUGCAAAAACUAUAUAUAAGAAUCUCUAGUGAAAAUUUCUUUUAGUAUA